GUUCUAGUUUUAUAUAUUCCUUUUCUAGUCUUUCUAUGUCGCAGAGUUGAAACCAAGAAAGAUUUUUGACUUUCCGUUUCCGAACGUUUUCAAUAAAACCUUCUCGUAGAAGUAUUUUCACAAUGUUUUCGGUGAUAUUAGUAGAUGCUAUUCGAACCCUUCCUUUUUUAUCCAUGUCAGCAUUUCUUAUAGAAUAGAAGUUAUUAGAUCGGCAAUAGUGUCCCUACCCAUGACGAACUAGAAUUUUAGGUUCCUCCUUAUUAUGAUAUAAUCAACAUGUUUCCUUUUUAUUAUUUAUUAUUAAUAAGUAUAUACGUGAGACACAAUCUACUAAUUUGAUCUAUUUCAGAUACCCUACUAUAUCAUAGUCUCAACUACUAGAAUUUAUAAUACUUCGGGAGCUAAUUUUACUAUAGUAAAAUUCAACUGUCUCAAUUCUCGAGCCAAAAAAAAGAAAAAGAAAUGGUUAAUGAUACAAUCAACCAAUGAAUUAUUACUUAUUUUUUCAUGUAGUUUGAUCAUUAAGAUCUAUUGGGUCGAAGUAACUAAAAACUAAUAAUAAUAUUACUGAAUCGUCAGAACUACUUCGAUAUAUCCUUUGUAGUUUCUACCCAUGAUGCAGUUUUUGUAAAUCCAUAUACAUACGGUUCUAGUUAUUGCAUUUCUUUCUUUCCAACCAUUCUUUCAUUCAAUUCUUCGUUCACACAGGACAGAAAGAAAGACUAUCGAAAAGCUCAAUCUCUCUUUGAGAGUCAAGCGAUGUGAUCCAUCGCGGCGAAGCACGUCAUUGUCUCAUUCACGAAAGAAGGGGGUAGCCCGAACUGCCAGCAGGAAGAAGUGGUCAUCUCGGUUCAAAGGAAAAAAGCUCUGUUCUCUCCUUCGUUCUGUCCCGGCAAACAAGGAUAGGUAAUCUCAUCCAUUGUCAUCCUUAGGUUGCUUUCUCUGCAAGUGCUUUGUUCCCGAUUUAGGCUCUUUCGGUUCCAAAAUGGGGAAGUGGUCUCUCCGCAAGCAAGCGAGCUGGGCGGGGAACAAAAGAAGAAAGAGAAGGGUGAGGCCGGGUAGGGUGGGAUAGAAGGAGCAUUUCAGGCGAUCAAGGGCGUCCCUGGGCGAGGAGUAGAGUUUUCUUUCGAGUCAAGGGGAUAGGAUAGAACGAUGAGAGCUUUCCAUUGGCUUCCCAGGGAAAGACUCCAGAUGUAUGAAUGGGCAGGCAAAGGGAUUGCCUUCUAUCAUUUAGCUCAUACUUCUCUCUCCUGACCCGGGGCCCCCAAACAAAGGGGAAUUAAGUGGAUUAGCCUCCUCAUCAAUCAAACAGGGCUUGAUAUGCUAUCCAUUGGGGUGGUCCCCCGUGAUGACUCGAUACCAGUUGAACGUCGGUUAUCGGUUCCGAGUUGGUCUUAUACUCCAUCCAUGGGCAAACGUCUUUAUGGUAUCACUUCAGUGCAGCCCUACCAACAGAAGCUGCAGCUCCGCUGAGGCCUUGUGCCUCUCCAGAGCGCACUCUUUAUGAGUCUGUGAAUACCCUUUCUGUCAUUGGUCCUUACCAUUGGACUAAGAGAACUGUGUUCUGGUUGGACCAUCUUAUUAAGUUUAGGGUGGGACGCGUGCUGGCGUUGAUUGUAUGAGCUAUCUGCCAAUACAGUUGAUGUUGGUGCCCUAUACCUGGAGUCCGACUAGCGUGUUCUGUUGAGGGUGCGGGCUUUGCCCGCAUUUUUGCCAAUUGUAACUCCUAUCCCUCAAGGGUUGGCAAAACCGCUCCGGUUGAUGAGGAUCCUUCGAUCCGUCCGAUGGGACGCUCGAUAUAAAUGAAAUGUUGGCCUCUUCGCUUCAAAUGGUAGGGUAGCCGGGCGAUCCGUUUUCUUUUCCUUUUCUUUGAAAUCAGCAACGGACCUUAUUUCUUAAUGGGUAUGACUGAGAAAAUCCUCGGGCAGCUGUUUGUUUGGUUGGUGUUCUGCAUGGAUGACCUAUUUGUUGAGAUGGGUGCGUUUUCAUUUACCAUUUAAACGCGCAACUGCUGACCGUUUAGGUCCUCUUUUUUGUUUCAACACUGGUCAACCUCUUUGUUUUCUUGGCUAUGGGACUUCAUUCGCAUUGACCCAUCAUCUUAUCGUUUGGAUGGAUGGCGGCGGUGUAUCCCGGACGUUCGGUUUUAAGCAUAUGCAAUUUGGGGCGAUGACCUUGUCAUCGCCGAUGAGAAAGUAGCAUUACAGUAUCAGGCCAUCAUGGCUGAGCUUCCUUCAGGUUGUCAUAUCAAAAGAGAAAUCUCUCAUAUCACGAUCUUUUUGCAAGGAGUUUGCCAAAGGCUUUCUCAUUCGUCAGGGAAACUCCGUAUAUUUCCCUUCUCCAUUCUCUGCUCGGAUGAUUGCCGCUUGUGUGAAUUUGAUUGCUGUGUGUCCCGUGUGUGCUCGAAUAAGAUUGUUUUAGGAUUCUAUUUAGUUGAAUUUAUUGACUCUGCGGUGCUGGUUAUCGAGUUUAUGGCGCCGCCCACCAUCAAAAAAAAAAGUCAAAGAUGGCGUCGGCAUUUACUAAUUAUGCUCUCUCCUCAUAGUGGUCCCCCCUUCCCUUGGUAUUCAGGUUGUAAAAUCCUGAUAGGAUAGGAUACUGUUAUACCUUGUUUUUUGUAAUGGCCUAUCUUCUUUAAAAAGCCGAAAGAUAAGGAUUUCCAAAUUUAGCCUUCCUUUUUCUUUUUUAGGAUGCUGGUCUCAUGUUUGAUCUGGUAGCGAUUAAAGAAUGAAUCUUGCUCUGGCGAUCAUGGUGGGAUUGGUACACCUCUAUAUGCUGUAAAAUGAAGGUACUCUUGAGGUCAUGCUACGACCGCCGAUCGUUCCUGUGACCACAGGCCGUACCAACAUCAAACUAUCAACCUAUCGGUAUGAUUUGUUGUUCACGUGUUACGAUCUCGCUCGUCAGAUUGUUCCCCCCUCCCCUGGUCAAUGGCAGUGAGUUGAUUGACCAAGGCUUUCCCUUACGACGAUGGAAUUUCUUCCAUCGGCAAGAGUACCUCUGUUUGUCUCCUUCUACUUUAAUGAAAAGCCUAGUCUCUCGAUACUUGAUAAUUAUCAAGUAUCGAGAGGUGCUUACUUUUGUAGUUAACGAUGAAUACCCCAUCCCAUUCCUUUUUUUUUUAAUAAAAAAACCUUACAAUUUUGGGGCCGCUGUUACCAUUUCCGCAACCUAAACCUAACUAAUACUUAGUUGUUUCCAUUUCCUCAUCUGGUGAUAGAUCCUCAUCUUCUUCUGGCUCAAAUCCCUUUUUCAUAUCCAGGGCACGCUUUAGGUACGCUUUAGUUUGAGAUCAUUAAAAAUAUGCUCGACCUCGUUUAUGUCCAUGGUACCAUCGCACGUACCUUCAACUAUCAACCAGAUGAGAUAGGACUUUGAAAGGUCAGAGUCAGUCUCCUCUUUUAGGUCGUUUAGCAGUUCCCCAACCAGCUUUCUCCCCGAGAAAGCCUUCCUGAGAUUAAAAGAAAAAGCGGAUCUCUGGGAUCAGUGAGAGUUCGGAACCAGCAAAGGGAGACUGAAAAGCCGUAGUGCUAACGCACGCCCUUCCGUUUUUCAGCAGGCUUCGACAGCUGCGAGCUCCGCGUCGAAAAGCGAAGCGAGCCGCGCUAGCGCGCUACUCUUCCUUUAUGAGCGAGACUCUAUCUAGAUCUACUGAUCUAAAGAACUCCGCGAGCGAACUGAGCGAGCCAUGAGCCGCCUAUCGGCAAGGCUUGGAAAAGCCUUAACUUUAGGCUCCCUUACUUCACUGAACUGAUUCACGCGGGUCCAAACCAGCUGAGCUAGCUCAUUUUUCCUUUACGAGAUCUCGGCUCUUCGGAAUGGUUGGAGAGAGCCCCGCCUCCUCUUGGUUGGCGCCGGGCCCGAGGGUGAUGGGACUACUUCCUGAAAGAGCCUUUCGUUCAGGCCGGCUGGAGGGCCCCUGAUCUAUCAAUAGAGGGAGCAAAAAACAGGCUUUGCUCCCCUUUUUUAAAAUGAAGAAAGAAAGAAGGGUCGAAGUUUAGACCGCGAACACUAGUUCUACCCAUAGAAAAGAUCAUGAAAGAGGCGAUCAGAAUGGUACCCGAAUCCAUUUACGAUCCCGAGUUUCCAGACACAUCGCACUUCCGCUCGGGUCGAGGCUGCCACUCGGCCCUAAGACGGAUCAAAGAAGAGUGGGGAACCUCUCGCUGGUUUUUGGAAUUCGACAUCAGGAAGUGUUUUCACACCAUCGACCGACAUCGAUUCAUCUCAAUCUUGAAGGAAGAGAUCGACGAUCCCAAGUUCUUUUACCCCACUCAGAAACGGUUUUCCGCCGGACGACUCGUAGGAGGUGAGAAGGGCCCUUACUCCGUCCCACACAGUGUACUACUAUCGGCCCUACCAGGCAACAUCUACCUACACAAGCUCGAUCAGGAGAUAGGGAGGAUCCGACAGAAGCACGAAAUUCCUCUUGUUCUGAGAAUCAGAUCGGUUCUAUUAAGGACAGGUCGUCGUAUUGAUGACCAAGAAAAGUCAGGAGAAGAAGCAAGCUUCAAAGCUCCCCAAGACAACAGAGCCCUCAUUGUGGGGAGGGUAAAGAGCAUCCAACGCAAAGCGACCUUUCAUUCCCUUGUUUCGUCGUGGCACACCCCCCCCACAAGCACCCCCCGGCGAAGGGGAGACCAGAAAAGGCCUUUCGUUUUCCCCCCUUCAGCGGCCCUUGCCGCCUUCCUUAACAAGCCCUCGAGCCUCCUUUGCGCCGCCUUCCUCAUAGAAGCCGCUGGGUUGACCCCGAAGGCCGAAUUCUAUGGUAGAGAAGGCUUUUAUAAGAAUUUGGCCAUGAGAGACCUUAUUAAGUAUUGCAAAAGAAGGGGCCUGCUUAUAGAGCUGGGCGGGGAGGCGAUACUAGUUAUCAGGUCAGAGAGAGGCCUGGCCCGUAAGCAGGCCCCCUUUAAAACCCAUGACUUAUUAAUCAGAAUUUGUUACGCGCGAUAUGCCGACGACUUACUACUGGGAAUCGUGGGUGCCGUAUUUCUUCUCAU